ACACAGACACAGUUUCAGUUAUUUGCAAAACUAUUAAUUAAAAUAUCUGCAGUAUUAGAAUAAACAUCAUCCAUAUGAAAGCUAGUGAAAAAAUUGUCAAUAAUUGGUCAAACCGUCUAAUAUAAUAGAAAUAUACAACAAAGAUGUCUGACGACGAUAACCCGCACUAUGCGAGCAUAUUCACGUUCGCACGUCAUGUGCCAUUCCCCACGAUGUACCCGGAGCAGAAGACCGCAGUGACGUACGACGUGCUGGAGACGGGCUGGAUCGUCGCUUUCUGUUCUCUGGCGGUCUCCCUCUCCCUCAUCGUCCCUGUCCAGCCCAAGCGGAUGUUGGUGAUUCUACGCGUGCUGCUGAGUCUCCUCCUGGGAGGGGUGAUCAUGGCUUGCAAUUUCGGCCACGGUUGGGAGGUUGGGGAGCUUUCGACCCCCACCCCCUACAAGCCUGGGUCCCCUACAGAGAUUCAUGCCCACAUCGGCGUGAAAUUUGGGCUAAGAGCCCUCAACAUUACCCUCAGAACGGAGUCACCGCCCACGCACGACCUCGCCAACGAAACGAUCAACUACAACGAACAGUUCAGCUGGACAUGGCCACAGGGCCGAGCAGGCUUCGGCCCAUUCGCGGGGCGCUUCAACAGGGAGUUUCGGAUGCACCAACAGCGCGGCACACCGCUUCCUAUCCUCUGGAUCGCCGAAUAUUUGACCUUUGAUGGAGAAGGCAUUCGAUUUGGCCGGCAUUACCGGAUUGCGGGAUGGUACGCCCACAUCUGCAUCUGGGCAGCUCUGCCGGCCUGGAUUUUAACAAUGAUCCUGAGCAACAUGGUUGUGAGGUACGGAGCCACCAUGUUGUCUCUGACCGGCGCCUGCCUCACAACGGCAGCCAUAUUAUGGGCCUCUGUGAGGAACUCUUUUGAGUUGGCCGUGCCUUUUGACCCUCCUCAUAAGAUCCUUACAACGAAGUUUGGUGUCCACUGGUAUCUGGCGCUCAUUGUGGGCAUUGUGAGCAUGUUGACCGGCCUGUUACUCUUCAUCUUGGACUACAACAAUCAUGACCUCGCAUGCGAACUGCUCGGCAUCAACCCCAUCGCCUACGUCGAGGAGGAGUACGAAGAAGACGAAGGCUUGACGAACGCAGCGGCGGACGAAGCUUCUACCGACAGAGACAUCGAGAUGUCGCCUAUCGCAGCACACUCUAAGCCGCAGCCACCUCACAUAGGACCUGCCGCUCCUCUGCUGCAAGUCCGCUACCGGAGCCGCGGAACUUCAAAGCGAAACUGGAAAACUCAGCAGAUACAGCCUAUAUCUCCCCUCGCGCUGCCGCCCUCGCCUGCACCACUGUACGCAGAUGCUCAAAGCAGCACCCUGCAGUUCUCGCCUCCGGGUUCAGCUCCACCACCUCCUACGUUCCCGCCUGUCCGUGUCACCCACCAGCCCGCCACCCCCGAGUCCGUUGUGGAGGAGCCCACGUACGGCAACGUGCUGCCUCAGGCGCCGCCUCAGCGCAAUGCUCCCUACAUCAACGCACCUCAACAACCCGCUCCUCCGCUGCCCCAUCGCCGCUGAUAUCGCUACGUUCUUCAAUCGACUGCCAACGUUUUGAGCUGAAAACUCGACUGCCAUCAUCGAACUCAGAGCAACUGAAUAAUCUAUCAACUGUCAUCGGACAGACGCAGUUUCCAGCCUAUUACCAAGUUUAUUUGAUGUGCUUGUGAAUAGAUAAUUUGAAAUUUUUGAGACGCAAAGAUUUUUUCCCGAAAACUUUAAACGACAUUACAAAGGAGCUCGCCAGGAUUUGAUCUGCCUGAUUUGCAAUUGUAUUUAUUUUUUAAUAUCCUGCUUCCUGCCAGAGUUAUAAGUCAAGAUCGACAUCGUUUGAACUUUAUUAACUAAUAGAGAGCCUCUAAAACAAUUUCUGCAAGAUGCUCAUCAGGAUUCCUCGACGUUCGUCUUCAACUCCGAAUUCAACUCCACCGGCUGUGCUGAACCUGCCUUCGAUCGUAAGGAAACCUGAGCCCAAUGCCCCCAAGAAUAGCGUGUGUGCUCUGCUUUCAAACGCUGCCCGCCAUUUAACUAGAGGUCUAGAGCGUUGCAUAAUCAAAAUUCUGCUGUUUGUUUUAGUCAGUAUAAAGUAUUGUUUUGAAGCGGUAUUCAUCACGACUCGGACCUUGAACGUGGCUCUCAUCAAAGUCAUUACCGCAUUUUGGGCAACAUUUGGAAAAAUAUUACGCUCAUUUGAGUUAUAUAUUCUAAAGUGCAUCCCGAAAUCUGUUUAUCGUUUCGUGUUAAGAAUGAUCGUUCGAUUCACUCCCGAACUACGGAAUAGGAGGAUCGUAUACUUAGUCAUGAAACGCAUUCCAAACAGUUUUCUUCGACCCGCUAUCAUUUGUUACGCAAAAAUGUUCUGCUUGGCAACGAGAACACAGCAUCUUGCUCGAGCCUUCAAAGGAAAAGGAGCUACCAGAUGCUUGCUUGAAACAACGAUAUACUUUAAUAAAUUCCCUAUGAAAAUUUGUAUUUUUCUGCGUGGAUUUGUAAUUUAUGUUUACAAGAUCUUUCAAAGAACUGAAAAAGUUGUGCGGCGAAAUAGCAGGAAGAAGUAAAAAAAAUUGCAACCUUCGUUAUCAUUUAAAUAGUUGGUUACGCUGAGCUUUUUCGAAUUACUGGCUUCCUCCGUGUUACUGUGCUAUUCCACUUGAAAUUUAAUUCUGUGAAGACUCUUCAUUUGUAUACAAUGCGAGUAAAUAAAAUGUUAGAUACUAUUUUUUAAAGCUCAUUUAUAUUGCUGCUAGAAUUAAAGGUAGUAUUUCAAAAUGUUAAUUAUUAUGUAACAUCAUUUUGCGAAAAAUUCAUUUUAUAAGCGUAACUAGACCGUCGAAAACAAUUGAUCCUAUACGAUUAAUUUCGUUUGUCUUCAUUACCAUUCUUGAACGCAAAGGACCACACGCAGUGAACGCGUAAAUAAAAGUUAUAUUAUAUAUAAUUUAUAAUUUAUGUUUUACCAUGUGUGACUGCAUCUUAUGCAUAUACUGAAUAUGUAUAACGUGUGUCGAUUUUCAAACUAUUCAGCUGUCCUGUUUGUUAUUUUGAAUGUACCUCUUGGAACACUAAAGUUUAGCACAGAAAUAGAGACUUGACUUUAUACCAUUGAUUUGUUUGAAACGAUGUUUUCCAAAACCGUAUUAUUCAGCAAUUGUACCAAGAUUAUAUUGUUCUGUUGCGAUCAUUAACAUGCUAGAUCGCUAGUAUGCUAGUAUUUCUAUAAUAUAUAUUAUUUGUAGCUUUCCUUCUUUAAACUAUAUAUACUUGGUGUUCUCGUGUAUAUUUUCUUACCUUACCGUUCAUUUUUACG